AGGCCCAUUCGCGUAACCUUUUAUCGUUUUUGGCUCUUCCCUUCCUCUUUCCGUCGAUUCAAUAAGAGAAACCCCGGGCCUCCCCAUUUCCAUUCCCCGCCGUCGUCUUCGUUCCGUGCCUUCUCGAUGUUGAAGCUAUGGAGGUGGUACCAGAAGUGCCUCGCCGUUCACCCGGUGAAGACGCAGAUUGUCAGCUCUGGCUUCCUGUGGGGUUUGGGAGACAUUGGAGCCCAGGCGGUCACCCAGAGAACCCUGAGGCACCAAUCGCAGGACAGGAAGGAAGAAAAUAAGGAGAUCAAUAUAGACUGGAGAAGGGUGGCUACCACGAGCAUGUUUGGAUUUGCAUUUGUUGGACCUGUUGGCCAUUACUGGUACGAGUACUUGGACCGCAUCAUUCGAGUUCGACUUCAACUGCAACCAAAAUCGAUGAAGUUUGUCACGACAAAGGUUGUGGCAGAUGGGCUUAUAUUCGGGCCUUUGGAUCUAUUAAUUUUUUUCUCGUAUAUGGGGCUAGCCUCUGGAAGGAGCAUAAGCCAAGUGAAGGAAGACGUGAAACGGGAUUUCCUCCCGGCUCUUAUCGUUGGUGGGACAGUUUGGCCUAUCGUCCAAGUUGCAAACUUCCGAUUCGUUCCAGUGAGAUACCAACUCCUUUAUGUUAAUCUGUUUUGCCUGUUAGAUAGCUCCUUCUUGUCUUGGAUCGAGCAACAAGGGGAUGCUCCUUGGAAGCAGUGGUUUACGUCGUUUCGAUCCUUGGAAAAUAAGAAGAGUCAGAGCUGAUGACGAUGAUGGUGUCCCCUUUUGAGAGCCAUCACACCAUCCGUUUUACAGAAUAAAAAGAAAGAAGAAGAAAGAGCAAUAUGCCUCUUGAAAUCAUCGAAUGCUAUGUAAAUUCUGUAUCGGCAAGACGGUAUGAACCCCUGCUUCGUUCGGGCACUCGGAUGGAUACCCUUGAUUGUUUUCAUCAUUUGGUUACGUGGCCAAGCUGACUGAUUGUUUUUCGAAUGAUAAUACUUUUUUUCUUUUUCCCAUAGAGAGAAGGAAAUUUGAAAUGGUUCAGCAGUUGCAAAUUCCUGUACUAGCAUCUUCAUACAGCUUC